AUGUCCCGAAAGAACAACAAGAAAAUAAAAGCAAGAUAUAACAACUUUCUGUUAGAACAAGAGAAACAAGAGGAGGAAAAGAGGAAACAAAAAGAACAACGAAGAAGAGAAAAGCGAGAACAAGAAGAAGAAUCUGGAAUGCUUGAUGAAGUGAAAAAUAAUGUCCUUGUAAAGGAAGCACAAAAGAAUGCUAAAAAGCUUGAAAAACAACGAGAAAAACAAAAACAAAAGGAAGAACAACAAGCUGCUGAAGAAAACAAAAUGGUGGACGAAAACGAUGUCGAAAAGCGACCAAGACGUCACACUAAGAAGAGAAAUAAACCAUACUAA